AUGAUGUCCGCGAGAGCUCUGCCCAAAGCCUUAGGCGGUGCGCUGGAGCUCACGCCGCGGCACGACCAGCCGCUGCUGGCGUCCAGCUCCGCCGCGCUGGACGCCAUCGCGACGCCCUGUGCCGUGUCGGUGCGCGUCGUGGCGGCGGUGGAGCUGCAGCCGAUGCAGAAGGGGCUUACGAGCAAUCCGAUGGUCGAAGUCGCGCUCGUGCGGGACGACGGGUCGAGUCGGUUCCAGUGCAGCGCCCGAUGGGGUGCGAGUCAACACGCAGAGCUGAAAGCGCUGUCGGCGAGUGCGUCGAGCUCCCGCGGUGCGUGGAGCGACAGGGGCGUUCGGGGCCACGUGAACCGGCCGGACGUGCGGACGACGACGUUCCGGUCGAAAGUCGUCAAGAGCUCGUUGAACCCGAUCUGGAACUUUGACGUGGACUUUGGCGACGUCGACACGGACAGCGUCGUGGGCGUUUUGUUUACGGUGCGCCACGUCGAGAGGUUUGGCCUCGUGCGACGCGACAUUGGGCAGAUGGUGUUGUCGCUGAGGGACAUUAUGGAGCUCAAGCAGCAACCGCCGCAUAUGGAGACGUUUGGCUUGCAGCCGACGGACGAGAUGGUGCGGCGAGAGAAGUGGGAAGGCGGGUCGAGUACUCGCACGUGUGGGAAGCUCACCGUCCGCUUGAACGGCUACGGCGUGCCGUCCAACUACACGUUCAAGACCGACGGGCGUGCGUCCAAUAUGGUGAAUACAGUCGUGACCCAUGAAGACGAGUUUGGAAGCACCGCCGCGUCGGUGUCGGUGCAUGACGUGCAGACCGAAGUGCGCAACUUGCAGCGUCUCCACCAGACGAAGCCUAAACCAGGCGAGACUUGGUUCGUCGUGAGCGCCGACUGGAUUCGCACUUGGCUGCUCUUUGUGUCAAAGUACAAGGGCGACGAGGCUUACAAUCCCCGCAGCGUCGACAACAUGCCGCUCAUUUCCGACGACUUGACAAACGGCACAUUUCAGAUCAAGACUGGCCUGGUCAUCAAGAAGGACUUUCGGGUGAUCAACAAAGAGAGCUGGGACUACUAUCAAAAUGUCUACGGUGGAGGGCCAGCCAUCGAAGUACGAAUUCCGGCGGACUGCUCCAAGCCGGCACAGUGGCUAGAAUAUUUUCAGCUGACUGAAGUUGGUCGCGUCAACUCGAAUUACGUUGAUAGGCUCUGA